AUGUCAAAACGCAGAGUGCAAUAUUUCUACGAUCCCGAUGUUGGCUCCUACGCGUACACUUUUUGGCCCUUUCAUCAUCCGAUGAAACCGCACAGAAUACGAAUGGCCCACGAGCUUAUAACAGCGUACGACAUGCUGCCCAAGAUGCACGUUGUCAAACCACCUCGAAGCACCCCAGAGCAAAUGACUAAAUUUCAUACCGACGAAUACGUUCACUUUCUUAGCAGGGUUACACCUGAAACGGCGUCAAGUCUUAGCUACGGUGGUACUCGUUCCGCCGCCGACACGCUGACCUCCAACGCUGCCGACAUCGCUAUCAACUGGGCCGGUGGCCUCCAUCAUGCCAAAAAACGUGAAGCCUCCGGUUUCUGUUACAUCAAUGAUAUCGUUCUCGCGAUUCUCGAUUUGCUUCGCGUAUACCCUCGCGUCCUUUACAUCGACAUCGACUGCCAUCACGGCGAUGGCGUGGAGGAGGCGUUCUACACAACGGACCGCGUCAUGACUUGCAGCUUCCAUAAAUACGGCGAAUACUUCCCCGGCACAGGCACACAGGCAGACAGGGGACGUGGCAAAGGCUUCGGAUACGCUGUUAACAUACCUCUCAAGGAUGGCCUCACGGACGAGUCGUUCCAACGCAUCUUUGAGCCAAUCAUCACCAAAAUUCUCGAAGUAUACCGCCCUGGCGCCGUUGUCCUACAGGUUACACCUGAAACGGCGUCAAGUCUUAGCUACGGUGGUACUCGUUCCGCCGCCGACACGCUGACCUCCAACGCUGCCGACAUCGCUAUCAACUGGGCCGGUGGCCUCCAUCAUGCCAAAAAACGUGAAGCCUCCGGUUUCUGUUACAUCAAUGAUAUCGUUCUCGCGAUUCUCGAUUUGCUUCGCGUAUACCCUCGCGUCCUUUACAUCGACAUCGACUGCCAUCACGGCGAUGGCGUGGAGGAGGCGUUCUACACAACGGACCGCGUCAUGACUUGCAGCUUCCAUAAAUACGGCGAAUACUUCCCCGGCACAGGCACACAGGCAGACAGGGGACGUGGCAAAGGCUUCGGAUACGCUGUUAACAUACCUCUCAAGGAUGGCCUCACGGACGAGUCGUUCCAACGCAUCUUUGAGCCAAUCAUCACCAAAAUUCUCGAAGUAUACCGCCCUGGCGCCGUUGUCCUACAGUGCGGAGCCGACUCCCUUUCCGGAGACAGGCUUGGCUGUUUCAACCUCUCCAUGCAAGGUCACGCCAACUGCGUGCAAUUCAUGCGCAAGCAAAACAUUCCCCUCAUCCUCCUUGGCGGUGGCGGCUACACGGUCAAGAACGUGGCACGCGCAUGGUGCUAUGAGACCGCGUGCGCGAUUGGCAUAGAAAACGACAUUGACACGCAUAGGAUGCCUUAUAACGAGUACUUUGAAUGGUUCGGGCCUAGGUACCGACUCGAAGUGGCAACCAGCAAUGCGGACGACGAGAAUGUGCCGCAUCUAGAUCGUAUAAGAGAAAAGGCUAUACGGCAGCUCGAUGAGUUGAUUCCCGUGCCUUCCGUUCAGCUGCAAGACACGCCGAGGCAAAGCUUGGGAGAUCACUUGGGCUUCGCCAUGCCACGCGAGGACGACCUAGGCUCACGAGAUGACCUGGAUGAGCGGCUAGCCCGAGCUGCAAACCUUGCGUACGCUCUUCAGCCCGCAGAGAGCACCGAUUCUGACUCCGAUGAUGGCUUCGACUCGAGCGCAUCCACUGCCUCCCGUCGCGUCCACCGGCGGAAGCGCUCGAAAUCGACUCGCAAACACAUGAGCAUCACCACCAACCAAUACUUCGAGGUAGCAUCCGAUGGGGUUCCCGUAUAUGAAUGGGAUCCAGAGGACUGGUGCGAAGGAGCUCGGCGUGUUCCGUGGAACGCCAACAUCGGGGAUGUCAGGAGGCGCUUUUUCGGAGAUGCCCCGAAGUGGGAAAAGCUACUCGAUCUGGUAUCCGUGGAACAGGAUUCUGGACUGCCGAGGACACUGGCUGGUAGCUUCAGACGCGGCACGGAUGAUGACAUGCGGACAUCUCCCUUACCGGAGGUAAUCCUCGAAGACGUUGAGCUGGGUUAAGCGCCUUCGAUCAACUAUGAUAGGUAUGCAUACUAUAGACUACGAGGAUACCUCAUAAUAUAUCAGGUGUUAGCACUUAUAAAUGUAUGUAGCAUCCUUGCAGCAAAUCAGCAU